ACAUUUACAAAUGGCUUCCGUCUUCAUCUUGUACACUUAAUUUGUUGCCUGUUGGAAUGGGUUUUAUUUGAUUUGAGAGUUCAUAUUUUCAUUAGAUAUUUAUUUAAGGGUUUCAAGUUUUCAAUUCAGUCGUUGUUAAGAAAUUAAUAAUGGGCAUACAAGACUUACAAACAUUUUUAGAAAGUGAAGGUGUAGGUGUUGAUCUCUUUAAAAUUGCGAGAAACCAUUCUGGAGGUUUGCGCCUGGUUCUCGACGCCGAAGGUUGUUUGGAUCGUCUUUACGGUGGAUACUUCUCAGAUUGGGCAAGUGGUGGACAAUGGGCCCGAUGUGUACAGUUCUUAACAACACUAGCACAAGCUUUGGCUGAAUUUCAAGUAUCACUUUGUGUUUGUUUUAAUGGAUCUCAUCCUACGCCUCCUGCAUUACCCCAACAUUGGAUCCAGACUCAAACCAUAUAUAAGCAAAGAGUGAAUUCAGUUUUGCACCAUAUUACCACUAAAGGUACUCCACCACCUAAAGUAUGGUGGGUACCACCUACUGGACUGCAUUCAUGUUUACGAACCGCACUUAGGUACCUCAAUAUCCCAAUUAUGGUGUCUUCUGAUGAUCACUGUCAGGAAGUUGUUGGUUUAUGUCGUGAAAAAUCAUAUGCUGGCCUCGUUGGAUGCUCUGGAGAGUAUUUAGUAUUUCAACCACCUAGAUACUUUAGUUCAUCUUUGUUGAAACUAACAUAUAGAUCUUCACUAGAAACUAAAGAAUAUAUGGUCCAUGAUUUGCCACAAGUACUUAAUGUACCUCAAGAUCGUCUUUGCCUCAUGGCUGCAUUACUUGGAGGAGUCAUUCUUUCAGAACAAAGCUUGACAGAUUUCUAUAAACGCCUUGGAUUAGUGCCCAAAAAGCAAGUUCCUCCAGAGAUACAAAUAAAAACAAUUUGUCAGUAUGUAAGUGAAUUACCAACUUCUGAUGUUGAUGCAGUCUGCAUAGAUAUAUUUGGUGAUCUGAAUGACCUACGCGCUGCAAAACUUAAACAAGCCGUACAGUAUUAUCUAAACGGUACAAAGGAUGGUUUCUUAAAAUAUAAAACAGCUACAGGUCGUCGUUCAAAAAAUAAAAAGAAUCUCCAAAGACAAGAAUUCAACAUGCAGCCUGUUACUCUGGAUCUAGAUACAUCAAAAUUAGCGACUGAAUCGUCAGAACAUGAGCAAAAAGGCUUGGAAGAUUACAAAUUGGCUACAGCAAAUGCAUCAAUGAGUGCUGACUUUAGUAUGGAGAAACAAACUAAUGACUUACAUCAUGGAUUCGCAUCUUUAUCACUUGAAGCUGGUGUUAUGUCAUCUACUAAGCAACAAAAACAGAAUAUUAUCAAAAAAAAGGCUGAAAAACCACAAUCUGCAAUUAAAGAGGGGCGACAAGCUACAAAACAAGUCCAAAGUGAUGACAACUGCCCUCCAGCACCGGCAGAAGUAUUGCGGACCUGUGCGGAACGUCACACCAGGGGCCUCAUGCAUCCUCAACUUCUAUCUAUCCUUACACAUCGUCAAGUGACUUUACCUGUGCUUAUGGAGGAUGAGAAUCAUAGAGAAAUUCCUUCAAUUCAUCAUUUCUUUAGACCAAUUCGACAGAAUGUGUAUGCUAUUCUGUACAAUAUGCAUCAUCAUCGCUUUAUGGCCCACAAAAUUAAAGAUGAUAGAUCGAGUGGCUCUAAUGAUCGUCCAUGCACAGUUUUGAUAGCAGAAUGGAUAUACACUCGCACAAAUCCUGGCAAGAAUCCAGAGAUUGUUCCAGGUGUUUUACUGGAUUGGCCUGUGCCAACUGUACAGAGGCUCUGGUUUGGAACUGCUCCGGAUGAUAAAUGCCGUAGAAUGAGAGCAUAUCUUUCCUGUAUGCGCUCAGAUACUCCUCUGAUGUUGAAUACUACUUAUGUGCCCCAGCACUUGCUCAUACUGGCAACUGUAUUGAGAUUUAUAAUGACAUCUCCAAUUCAAAUACUACGAAGGCAAGAGCUGGAUGCAUUUUUAGCUACUGCAUUUUCGACAGAUCUUAUGAAUGCACUACAUUUGCAAGAAAUGAAUAUCAAUGCUAUCAGUUCCCGGGGCGUACAAUUGGGCGCGCUGGUGAUGGCGGGCGUGGAGGCGGCGCUCGUGGCUAAUGACGCUUGCGGUGCUCCUGUACCAUGGCUCGUAGCUUCGCCUUGGCUCUACUUCGAUGGCAAGUUGCUGCAGCGAAACCUCCAUCGCGCAGCACACUGCAAACAUCUUCCUCAGCUUUGCGAUAACAACCUCGACAUCGUCGUCAAGGUUGAGCGCAUGCGGAAGGCGAUCCUAGAAGGUCUGGAGGUGGAGUUCGCGAUGGCGCCGCUGCCGCUCGUGGCGGGCGUGCUAGGGAGCGACGGGGGCACGUGGGGCGCGAGGGGGCGGGGCCGCGGCGGCCGGCUCGAGAUCGCGGGCGUUGUCGUCGGACAGUGGGGCGGCGGCAGCUAUCCCGCACGCGCACCGCCCAGAUACCAACAGAUGAGCGCGCACACUGUGGGCUACGUUGGAUACACGCCUCCGACUCGGAACUCGUACGGAGGUCGCGGGUGGCGCGGAGCACGCGGAGGUCGCGGCCGGGGACACGCGCGCCCCUCGCGCCGCCCCCGCCGGGACCCGAACGAGCCCGCCAAACCAGCCACUAUUGCCGUGAAUGGGAAAACUGUUCGCCCGGACGAAGUUCACCACCAGUCAGGUGAAUCAAGUCCUCAAGAUGAAAAUACUGCUCAAGAAGGUGAAGCAGAAGGAACACCCACUCCUAAACCUAAAACUGGCAAGAAUCUGAAGAAAAAUGCAGGAAAGGGGAAAAAAAGGAUCAAUAAACCGGAAGGCUUGCAAGGAGCAUCAGAGGCUAAUGGACCACUUGAUAAAAAUAAGGUGGCAGAGCAAGGCCACAGUUCCGACAAGGAACACAUAGGGCAAGGUGAUGCACCAGUCUCAAAUUAAAUGUCAUGUCUGAAGGUAACUUUUAAAAAUAUUUGUUAGCAAUCUUAUUCAGUUUCAUUUUAUUUUACUUCGAUUUGAUGGCUUAUUUUUAGUAUUAGUUCCUUAAUUUUGGACAGCAAUGAGGAAAGCUGUCUUUUUUUUUUCAUAAUCUACAAACAAAACAUAAAGUUGUUUUAAAUUUAUUUGGUAUUCUUGUUUGUUGAAAUUAUUAAUCUUAUAUUUUGUUGCUUUUUAUUUAAAAUAUUCUUUUUUUUUUACUUAUUACUCAAAACAAAUCGUGAAUUUAUCAUUGGAAAACGAAUGACAAUGAAAAUUAUAUUGACACGAAAUGGAGUCAUUAUUAUCUUUGAAUCAUGCGAAAAUGUAUACAGGAUUCAAUGUUUUAUGCAUAAUAAAAUUUCGAUAAUUGAUUUGUAUAAAGCGCAAUAACUAUGUUCGUUUAGUUGUUGCUUGGUCUCAUCAAUAAUGAAUGAUGCUAUAUUAUUAAGUAUUAAUUACGUGCCUGAACAUCUUAAAGACUUCCCUAAUGUGAGACUGAUUUUGUAUUACUUUUAAUUGACAAAAUUUUGUUCAAUUAACGAUAAUAUUAAAGCCAAGACCAGACUUCUAGCGAGACGAUAUGCCUCGACGAAUCCCCUACUAUGACGAA